AUGGCGCACUCAUCUGCCACUCGAAACCUCCUGGGACUUGCCAGGGGGUCCAGUCGCCUCAGUUCCGCAGAUCCUUUGAUGCAAUGUCUUGCCCCACGACUCUUUCGCUCGUACGCUACCGAGAUCCAAUUACCGCUCGCUGCCUCUACAAGCUCGACCGAGCCUGGAGCUCGUCAUGUUAACCCCCCGACACCUCGGAGGAGCGAAAAUCAAAGCCGACCCCCGCUUUCGCUGAACGCUUUCGAACAGCCCGUUGUUGCGACAUUGUAUCAAUUUCCCUCUCUUGAACCAAAUGGCUAUGCCUUGUACCAUCCUCAGUUCCUCAACGUCCCACUGAGGCGUGACAUCUUGCACCGGGCAGUCAUCUUUGAAGCAGAUGGAUCGCGACAAGGGACUGCGAGUACCAAAUGGAAAACCGAUGUUCAUGGCAGUAACCGCAAAAUUCUCCAACAAAAGGGUACGGGCAAAGCUCGUGCAGGUACCAAGAAGUCGCCCAUCAGAAGAGGCGGCGGUGCUGCAUUCGGGCCGCAUCCUAGAGAUUUUUCCACGGAGCUGCAGGCAAAAGUCUACGCUCAGGCAUUUCGCACGGCCUUGAGUUAUCGCUAUAGGAAAGGAGAACUGAUCAUAUUGGACAAUGAUAUCAGUGCCAUGGAGGAUCAAACUGAUCGCUGGCUGCUGCAUUGCUUCUUGGGGAAUAAGUGGGCACGUGAGAAUGGAGGGACGAUGGUCGUCACAGGAUUGUCGGAAGAGUCAAAUCCCGAGGUAUUUAGGAAGAUGGGUCUGAUCAACCAGCACGCGACGCUGAAAAGCAUCAGCGACGUGGACGUAAAGGACCUCCUGGAGAAGAGGCGUGUCGUUAUUGAAAAGGAUGCUCUCCGGACACUGCUGAGCCCAUCCAUUACUGGAUUGCCCCCAGGCGCUAUUCGGAAUAUGGUUCGUUAUGUUGAGCGGGCGCUGUAG